CGGGGGGGCGGAAGCGCGCGGCGGGGGGUGUCUGGCUGCAGGAUGCUGGCGCGGGGCCGGCGGCUGCUGCGCUGCUGGAAGCCACUCUUCACCGGCCGCCUGCUGCUGCUGACCAACACGGCGAGUUGUGGCGCGCUGCUGGCCGCCGGCGACACGCUGCAGCAGACCUGGCACCGCCGCCGGCACCCAGACACGGAGAUCCAGGUGGCCCGCACAGGACGCAUGUUCGCCAUCGGCUGCAGCAUGGGUCCGCUGAUGCACUACUGGUACCUCUGGCUGGAUGCUGCCUUCCCGGCGCGGGGCGUGCGGGGGCUGAAAACGGUUCUGAAGAAAGUCCUGAUCGACCAGCUGGUGACAUCGCCCACCCUGGGUGCCUGGUAUUUCCUCGGCAUGGGCACUUUGGAGGGCCAGUCUCUAGAGGAGAGCUGGGAGGAGCUGAAGGAGAAAUUUUGGGAGUUUUACAAGGCUGACUGGUGCAUCUGGCCUGUGGCUCAGCUCAUGAAUUUCCUCUUCGUCCCGCCCAAGUACCGGGUGGUUUAUAUCAACGUGAUCACGCUGGGCUGGGACACUUACCUCUCCUACCUCAAACACAGGCCUGGCAGCCCCCCGAGCACUGAGAAGGACUUGCCACGGGAGAGCCAGCACAGUAUCGGGACGUAGAGGCUCUCACUGAUUGCGAAGGCUCCUGCCCGUGGGUUGAGGCUGGCACCUUGCUCCCCUCCACCACCCUUCUGCGCAGAGCCAGCCGCUCAGGGCACCCCCUUCGGCUGCGUGGCAGAGACGCUGCACCUCCCCAGCCCUUUCCUUGCUUUUUGCCUUGGAGCUCAAGGGAGACGUCACCCAGCUCCCCCCCACCCGCUGCCUCAGCUCCUUUUCACUCCACCUGGCACCACUCGUGGGCUAUGCUGGGCUGGGCUGCAGCCACCCUGGUUUGAUAAAAAUAGCGGCGUGAUCGCGGCCGCCUGCUCGCCGCCGCGUUUGAUCGGCACGGAGGCAGUCAGGGGUUUUUAAGGCAAAGUUUUUACAGGGUUUGGACCAUGGCAUCUCUCUUCCCCCAGCUUCCUGGGCAAGCUGGAUGCUUGCUCUGUAACCUGGGAACUUAUUUAAUACCAGCACCAAUGAAAACUGCCUAAAUGUAGUUUUUUUUUUUUUCUAAAGCUUUUAAAGCGGUGCCUUAAAGCUCCAUCCUCAUCCCUCCUGCCACACACCCCCGGAGGGACAGCAGCCCUCCCACCACAGCCAGCCAAGCUGCUGAGCCACGGCAGGAGCCAUUUGGUGGUUGCUAAUUAAGAAACCAGAUCGGUUUUGCUCCUCUCUAGCAACGAGCCUGUUGAUGCAGGGCUGCGCAGAGCUGAGGCUCUGAGGGACCACCAUGCUGACCCCUCUGCGCCUGCAAUGAUCCUGAGGAACCGGUGAUCAGCAUUGAUUUAUUUCUUCACAACAUUUCUUUAAAUACAGUGAUUUUUAGGAAAUUGUA